AUACAUAUUGAUGAUAUAUAAUGAUAUGAAAAAUGAUAUUCACAAGUUUGACACAUCAGAGUAGACUGAAAAUAAUGUCUAUAACAUUCCAUUAAAAAAUAAGAAAGUAUUAGGUUUGAUGAAAGGUGAAAACAAAGGUCAAAUCAUGACGCAGUUCAUAGGAUUAAGAUCAAAAAUGUAUUCAAUUAAAACCUUAAAUCAGACUAAAGAAGUAAAAAAAGCAAAUGGAAUAAAGAAAUCAGCUUUAAAGCAGCUAACUUUUGAUGAUUAUUAUACAUGCUUAUUUGAAAAAACAAUUGUGGAAGUUUCUCAAAAUACUAUUAUAUCAAAAAAGCAUGAUGUAUUUACAGUCCAUCGACGUAAAGUUGCUUUAAGUCCAUACGAUGAUAAAAGAAUAGUUCUGUUUUCGGCACCGACACUCUCCCAUGGGGGUUCAAUGAUAAGUAAUUUUAAAUGAUUUUUAGACUCAAUGUUUUAAUAACAAAGUAAAGGUCUCAUCAAAAUGUUCUCAUAAUAAAGUUUUUAAGCACUGACACUCUCAUGGGAGGGAUCAAUGACAAGCACUUUUUAAUUCUUAUACACUCGAUGUUUUCCCAAUAAAGUAAAUGCCUUAUUCUUUAUUAAACAUUUUUUGAUAGUAAGUUUUUUUGAAGUCAUUUGAUAUUUUUUUUGUACAUAGUUUUUUACUCUAUCUAAUUAAUCUACAAAUCAGCAAACAGAUUUUGUAUGGUGUGAAAAGUUUCCAAACACAAUGGGAAAAAGUUUUUAGUGACCAAAACAGAUUUGCAAAGUUAAAAUCUAAUACAAGAAAAAAAAUAAUACCACAAACUCAACCUACUACUUCUAUCAAAAUGAAUGGAACGUUAUGGUGUCCAAACUGUAAAAUAUUCUUUUGUUUUUGUAAAACAUCUUUGGAUAGGCAUGAAGAUCGUUUACCAGACUUGUAUUGUUAUGAAACCUUACCUAACUCUUAAGGCUUUGGAUGAUCCUCUGAUUCCAUACACAGUGAGAGGACAUAAAAGAAUAAAGCACUCCCUGGUAACUAAUGAAGAAUUUAAUUAUACGGACCAGUAUGGAUCCCAAAUAUGGGAAUGGGAUCCAUACCAUUCACAACAUUUGGUAUGGGCGCGACAUAAUGAUGCAGUUACUAGGGAGUACUGGCGACUAGUACGACAAAACCUCAAUUAUAAUCUUGAACUUUAUAAAUUUUAUAGAAUAUAAAAAAUCGUAUUUGUUACAUAAAUUUAAAAUAUAUAAAUCUCAUAUUGUUUUAGUUACCCAUUCAUAUACAUACAUAUAUCAUUAUAUACAGAGAGAGUCUGUAAAGUGGAAUAAAUUCAAUAUCUCAAAUACUAAUU